GCAUAUCGAUUUAUAUCACGGACUAAACAUUAAAACAUACACUAGUCCGUGAUUUAUAGUGAUCCCCGAGAAUUUACUUAUUUACCUACUAUUAAGUAUUAAUAUUUUAUUAUUCUAGUAAUCAAAUGCCAAUAGUGCCAUUACUCAUUAGUCGUUAUGCCUUAGUAGUUUAUACACAAACGUAUUUCUAUUGCCUUUGCCCAUUUGUCUGUUUGAUAUUAUUUACAAAUUAGACCCUUGACGCCUUUUUGGUUUAUUCUCAAGCCCCGGACAUUAAAACGUAUUCAUUCUGUAGUUUUAUUGUGAUUAUUAUCACAAGACGCGCCAUGUCUGCCAAAGUGCCAAAGUCUCUGCAAGACGUCACAAUGACUGCGAGUACAAGUACAUCGACAGUUGUUGGAGUCAUCAGUACUACUACUCCUGAACUUAAAUCACAAGAUGUGUGCAUAGCAGAAGGAUGCAAUAAUGCAGCUGUUCAACAUCCAGAAUGGGACAAUGAAUAUUGUAGUGUUAGUUGCACGUAUAAGCACUGCAAAGCCACAUUUUUAGAUUGGCUAGCAAAUAAUAGAUAUGCAAAAGCAAAAGCAUUGCAAGCGGCUGCGGCUGAAGUAGACUCACCUGUUAAACCUGAUGAAGAACAAUCAACCACUACAUAAAAUGUAGCUGUGUGUUUUCAUUAAAAUAUUUUUAUUGUAAAUAAAACAAUUAUUUAUACUACUUUACAUAACUAUUGAUUAAAAUUCAGUUAUUGUGAACAUUAUUUUUGAUAUUUUUUUUAUGAAGCUAAUAUAUAUAUACUAUCCUUCCUAUAUUUAUUUAAAAAUAAAAUAAUUACAUAAAU